AGGCAUGCUUACAUAUUUCAGCAGCUUCCAGAAGAAAAAUCAAGCACAUCGGCCUUGUCAUCUUCGUGUGUGUUUCCGCAAGGGCAGUAUCCAGUUAUCGGAGGCACACUGGAUCAGUUAUCAUGUAAAAGGACCAAGUUAUCAGUGCCAUUUAGUUUUGGAAAUGGCCGCCCUCCAUUAGUUCCUCAUGAUACAGAGAUAGUCAGCAGUUUAUGUAAAACAAUGGAGGAGCAGGGCCAGUUUUCUUCUGAAGAAAAUGUACCAUUUGCUCAACAUGAACUAUUAAAAGAAGAUCUGAAGAAUGCAAUUGUUAGCGCAAGUGAUAUAUCAGAGUCAUUUGAUAGUUUCCCAUAUUACCUGAGUGAGAAUACCAAAAGUUCUCUCCUGACACCAGCACAUGUAAAUUUGUGUUGUAAGAAUGCCAUGCAGUGGACAAAAAAGAUAUCUUUCAUUUCUCAACGAGUAUUAUUAUCUGGUCCAGCAGGGUCUGAGAUAUACCAAGAAACAUUGGUGAAGGCUCUGACCAAAUACUUCAAUGCUAAUCUGCUCGUCGUAGAUUCAUCGUUGCUGUUGGGUGGACAGUCAUCGAAGUCAAAGGAAUCAGUGGUGUACAAAAAAGGUGAUAGAGUGAGAUACAUUGGUUCUUCGCAAUCAACAAAGAUCCUUGAAGGACCAAGAGCUCCCGAUUAUGGUUCACAGGGUGAAGUGCGACUUUCUUUUGAGGAAAAUGCAUCCUCAAAAGUUGGAGUCAGAUUCGACCAACCGAUUGCUGGCGGCAUUGAUCUUGGGGGCAGUUGUGAGGUUGAUCACGGUUUCUUCUGUUCAGUCGAUUAUUUGUGCCUUGAUGGUCCAGGAUGGGAAGAGAGAGCUAAACAUCCAUUUGAUGUAAUAUUUGAGUUUGUUUGUGAAGAACGCGAGCAUGGUCCUCUUAUCCUAUUUCUGAAGGACGUUGAAAAAGUGUGUGGGAACAGUUACUCGUAUCAUGGUCUAAAGAGUAAGCUUGAAAGUUUUCCAGAGGGUGUUUUUAUUAUUGGGUCUCAGACCCAGGCAGACACUCGGAAAGACAAGCUGAACAAUGGGUCUCCUUUCCUUAAGUUCCAGUACAGCCAAGCAGCCAUACUUGACCUUGCGCUCCAGGAUGGCUUUGGCCGAGUGAAUGAUAAAAACAAAGAAGCAGUGAAGACUGCGAAGCAUGUCACUAAGGUUUUCCCUAGUAAAGUGACAAUACAGCCACCGCAGGAUGACUUGGAAUUAUCACGGUGGAAACAACUAUUAGAUCGUGAUGUCGAAAUUCUGAAGGCAAAGGCUAACAUUUCAAAAGUUCAAUCUUUUCUAACUCGCCAUGGUCUGGAAUGUGCUGAUGUAGAGACAACACUAUGUGUUAAAGAUCGAACUCUUACAAACGAAUGUGUUGAUAAAAUAGUUGGUUACACUUUGAGUCAUGAAGUUAUGAAUUGUACUGUUCCAACUCCUGGAAAGGAUGCGAUUGUUGCUCUUUCUAGUGAAAGCCUUCAGCAUGGGGUUGAUUUGUUGGAAAGCAUGCAAAAUGACCAUAAGAAAAAGAACACAAAGAAAUCACUCAAGGAUGUUGCCACGGAGAAUGAAUUUGAAAAAAGGCUUCUUAGUGAUGUUAUCCCUCCAAAUGAGAUAGGUGUUACCUUUGACGACAUUGGAGCGCUAGAGAAUGUCAAGGACACUUUGAAGGAAUUAGUGAUGCUUCCAUUACAAAGGCCAGAGUUGUUCUCCAAGGGACAACUUAUGAAGCCAUGCAAAGGAAUAUUACUUUUUGGUCCACCUGGUACGGGGAAGACCAUGCUUGCUAAAGCUGUUGCAACAGAGGCUGGUGCUAACUUCAUCAACAUAUCAAUGUCAAGCAUUGCCUCUAAGUGGUUUGGCGAGGGAGAAAAAUAUGUGAAAGCUGUGUUCUCACUUGCAAGCAAAAUUGCACCUAGUGUCAUUUUUGUGGAUGAGGUUGAUGGCAUGCUGGGUAGACGUGAGAACCCUGGGGAACAUGAAGCUAUGCGUAAGAUGAAAAAUGAAUUUAUGGUGAACUGGGAUGGUCUGAGAACAAAAGCUAAAGAACGUGUAUUAGUACUUGCUGCGACAAAUAGGCCAUUUGAUCUUGAUGAGGCUGUUAUUAGGAGGCUCCCAAGGAGAUUGAUGGUGAAUUUACCAGAUGCAACCAAUAGGAAAAAGAUUCUUAGCGUAAUACUAUCCAAAGAAGAGUUGGCAGAUGAUGUAGAUCUGGAGGCACUGGCCAACUUGACUGAGGGGUAUUCAGGCAGUGAUCUGAAGAAUCUGUGUGUUACUGCUGCACAUCGUCCCAUAAGGGAAAUCCUUGAAAAAGAGAAGAAGGAGAGAUCCUUAGCAGAAGCAGAAAAUAAACCCUUGCCUCCUAAGUAUUCUAGCAGUGAUGUCCGUUCCCUAAAUUUGAGUGAUUUUAAGCAUGCGCAUGAGCAGGUAUGUGCAAGUAUAUCAUCCGAUUCAACAAAUAUGAAUGAGCUUAUUCAGUGGAACGAUCUCUAUGGCGAAGGCGGAUCUAGGAAGAAGACACCUCUAAGCUACUUCAUGUAGGUUAUGAGUAGCCUGUGUACAUACAACAGAAGUAUUAGCAUGAAGCGACCAAGAUAGACAACAAAUAGCUCUUGUCGUCUUUGGUUGAUAGGCAAUUGUCGAGUUUAUUAGUUUCAAUCUUUAUUGAUGCCAAAUGGAAGUUCCAACAAAAUAAUGUAGGGCCGAUUGGUCCCAUCCUUCUCCCCCAUCCAUACCUUGAGUGUCAAACCUGUAUGUAGCCUUAACCUCAGCAUCAGAACAGUUCGGUUAAUUUUGUGAUUGCAGUCAGAGUCGGUGCAAACUCAUUUAAUCAACACAUGGAUGUUUUAUAUUCGUGUCCA